AUGGCGCUGCUGAUGAACGGCUGGGUGUGUGUGGUUGUAAUUUCACUCACAAUGACCACUAGCCAUGCUUUGCGAAGAAUUGCCUUGAAGAAGAUGCCAUCUAUCAGAGAGACUCUGAGGGAGAUGGGUGUUUCACCCGCCCAGAUGUUUGCUGAGCUGGCCCACAAGACUGCAGAUGACCCCAGCAACGGGACGGUUCCCACUCCUUUAACCAACUACUUGGAUACACAGUACUUUGGAGAAAUUAGUAUUGGCUCUCCUGCCCAGAUGUUCAACGUGGUGUUUGACACAGGCUCGGCCAACCUGUGGGUGCCCUCGCACAACUGCUCACCGUUUUCCACAGCUUGUUUUACUCACAACAGGUACGACGCCUCCAAAUCUCGGACUCAUGUUGAGAAUGGAACGGGAUUUUCCAUCCAGUACGCCUCUGGAAAUGUUAGGGGAUUCCUGAGUGAGGAUGUGGUUGUGGUCGGUGGGAUCCCUGUGGUCCAGGUGUUUGCCGAGGCCACCUCCCUGUCUGCGAUGCCCUUCAUCUUCGCCAAGUUUGACGGGGUUUUGGGAAUGGGUUACCCCAAUGUGGCCAUUGAUGGAAUCACUCCAGUGUUCGACCGCAUCAUGUCUCAGCAUGUCCUGAAGGAGGAGGUGUUCUCCGUCUACUACAGCAGGGACCCAAAGCACUCCCCAGGUGGAGAGCUGGUGCUGGGAGGCACGGACCCAAACUAUUACACUGGAGCUUUCAACUAUGUGGCCACUAGAGAGACAGGCAAAUGGGACGUGACCAUGAAAGGUGUCUCUGUGGGGGAGGAGAUGAUGUUCUGUGAGGAGGGCUGCACCGCCGUGAUUGACACAGGCUCCUCCUACAUAACGGGCCCUGCCUCCUCUGUGUCUGCGCUGAUGAAGACCAUCGGAGCCCAGCUGGAUGAGAGUGGAUACAAAGUAAACUGUGACGUUGUGAAGACUUUGCCCAGUGUCACAUUUCACUUGGGUGGCCAGGAGUACGCUCUCACUCAGGAGGACUACAUUUUAUGGCAAUCCCAGUUUGAAGGGGAUGUGUGCACCGUCACCUUCAGGGGCUUGGAUGUGCCGCCCCCUACAGGCCCCAUCUGGAUUUUGGGAGCAAACUUCAUUGCUCGCUACUACACAGAGUUUGACCGUCGCAACAACCGGAUAGGCUUUGCCACAGCAGUCUGA